GGAACGAAGAGUAUUACAGCGGCAGCAUCCUCCACUUCUUUAAUUUCGACCUCGGGCACCUUAGAAACGACGGGAUUGGUUGCGUGGUUGCAUGUGCUCUUCGUGAUUUUCAAUCAGCGACAUAUUGUAAAAGUUCGACGGAGCAGGCACAAGUGAAACUGGAGUAGUGUGGGGAAGCGGGGUACCUCUGGAAAAACUUCACUGUUACGGUCACCUGUCAAUUUAUCCGUAUCCUCUUCCCUAUCUUACUAUAUAACCAGUCACUCUUUAGCUUCUUUCUCUCGUUCUCCUCCCUUCCUCUCCAUCGAACCACAAUGCCAGUGGGUGCCGGAGUCGCCAACGUCCAAGACGCGAGUUUCGCACAUCUUGUAGACCCAAGGAGAAAGUGGUACAGCAACAAGCGCAUCAUCGCACUCAACGCGUGGAUUGUACUGCUCCUCAUCACAGCCUCGAACAAUGGCUACGACGGAAGUAUGAUGAACGGUCUGCAGUCCCUCCCUCAAUGGGAGUCUGCCUUUGGCACCCCGUCUGGUGGUAAACUCGGUUUGCUCAAUGCUAUUCAAAACAUUGGUGCUCUCGCCGCGUACCCCUUCGCGCCCUACCUGUCAGAUGGUAUCGGUCGUCGCAAGACCGUCUUCGUCGGCGCCGCAAUUAUGUUGAUCGCCACCGCCGUUCAGACCGCCUCUCAGUCAGUCGGCAUGUUCAUCGGCGCUCGCUUCCUCAUCGGUUUCGGUCUCACUUUCGCAGCGAAUGCGGCACCUAUGUUGGUCACCGAAAUCUCAUACCCUACAUACCGUGCACCUCUUACGUCAAUGUACAAUUCCUUGUGGUACUCUGGGUCGAUCAUUGCCGCUUGGACAACCUUCGGCACUUUCAAGAUGAGCGGCACAUGGGCAUGGCGUCUUCCCUCCCUCCUACAGGGUCUACCCGCCCUCCUCCAAUUCUUCUUGAUCUUAUUGGCACCCGAAUCCCCCCGUUGGUUGAUCAGCAAGGGUCGCGAAGCAGAGGCUCUCCGAACCCUUGCCUACUACCACGCUGACGGUAAUGAACAAGACCCCCUCGUUGUGUACGAGUUCGAGGAGAUCAAGGCUGCCCUUGAUUUAGACCGAACUGUUAGCUCUAAUGUUGGCUGGAAAGCUCUGUUCAAAACCCCCGGAAACCGCAAGCGCAUGCGCAUCAUCAUCGCCAUUGCCUUCUUCUCUCAAUGGUCCGGUAACGGUCUCGUCUCGUACUACCUCAACAAAGUAUUCGACGAAAUCGGGAUCACCAACGCCACCAUUCAGUUGCUCAUUAAUGGUAUACUUCAAAUCUGGAACUUGUUCUGGGCCAUUCUCGCCUCUUUCAUGGUUAACAGACUUGGACGUCGUUUCCUCUUCUUGACCUCUGCUAUUGGCAUGACCUUGUUCUACAUGGCACAAGCCAUCUGCUUCGCCGAGUUCGCUCAGCACGGCAAUCCAGCAGCUGCACACGCUGUCAUCGCGUUCAUCUUCCUGUUCUACGCAGCCUACGAUCUCGCAUUCACACCUCUCAUCGUCUCUUACACUGUUGAGAUCCUGCCCUACAACCUCCGUGCAAAGGGCUUCAACAUCUUCAACUUUGUCAUCUCCGUCGCCCUCAUCUUCAACCAGUACGUGAACCCCAUCGCCCUCGACGCCAUGGGUUGGAAGUACUACCUCGUCUACGUCUGCUGGCUCGCCGUCGAAUUCGUCUUCCUCUACUUCUUCCUCAUCGAGACGAAGAACAGGACCCUCGAGGAGACAGCGGCGCUCUUCGACGGAGAGGACAUCUUGGAACAAAUCGCCAACCAACCAGGCGUAGGCGAAGUCCAACCAGGCGAAGUCCGAGAAGACCUCGACGAGAAAGGCUCGUAUGGCACCAAAGAGGCCUAGAAGGGGGAGCAACACACACCCUUCUAAUCUGUCUAAUAUACUUCCCCCAUCAACACCUUUCUUACGCGGAUUCCGAGGACCAGUCCUCCCUGCUAUCCUAGGGGCGAUGAUUAUCUUUCUUUUCCCUUUAUUACAUUACGAGUUCAAUGUCUAGUGACCCCAUGUACGAUAGCAAAAAGGCAAAAAACUUAUAUAUACAUAUAUAUACCUUCUACAU